AUGCAAGUCUCAAGCCAGUCCUUUACAAAGCUAUUCUAUUUCAGGCUUCGCCCGUCAUUACUCGUUCUUGUAAUUACUCUUCUUACUAUUUCAUCUUCUGUUCGUGGCGACGUUAACUUGCCCGAGUGCCAUGAUAUCCCAAAAGUGCUGUGUUGUACCGAACGUGUGUUAGAUAAAUGCUUGACUGGUUGUGUUGACUAUGUGACGGAGAAAUGCCCUCGUAAACUCCAAAAAUAUGACACGAUUGAGGAGAAGAAAUCGGUUUCAGACAAUAAGAUUGAAGUUGUGCAGCCAACUCGAGGUUCACGUCCAUCCAACGUUGCUCUGCCGAGGACCACUCCUCGGCCUCCACGUACUGGUGAGGUGUGGAUGGAAGAAUCGGGACGGCGCAGGGCACCAGUCGGUGGUGAUCGCAAACUCCUAAACCAGGAGUAUCCGAUCACUGAGGUGACGGACGCCGAUCUGACUGUCGAGUGUGGUACUGAAAGUUCUCGUCCGCCCUACUCACCUUGUCUGGCUCGAAAAACUGUCGAUGACGUGCCAGCCAACUGUCACUCCUUGUGCACAUACGAACAUCGUGAACACGUCGCUGCAGAGACACUUAUCGCUGCCGUGCAACAGGACGGAUGCGAUCUCAAGUACCUGUCGUCCAUUCUCUACUGUGCCAAUCAGAACCGAGAUAAUCGCAAGUGCUGCGAGUUCCUCGGCAUGUCUAACGCCGAUUUAGGAGUAGGAGAUCGAUGCUUGCGAAUGUGUGACAUUGCACCAUCAGGUGAACGUGUCGGUACUGUAGAGAAAUCGGAUUUGGUCUGCCUCUCCAAUUGGAAUGUGAUCAUGUACUGCGCACGAUCUGGACUUCGUACCUUCAAUUGA